AUGCCCCGCAAAUCAUCCGAACCUUAUUUCGCAAAUGUCCACCAGCCUUCUACCCUUCGCCAAAACGCUUCGCGACUGAGUCUGCAGCAAUUGCACACUAAAAACACAAAAAUGAAACAACAAAACGAAUGUGUGAUGGUAACCGGAGGUGCCGGUUACAUCGGCUCUCAUACUGUUGUCGUCUUGCUGGAACAAGGUUACGACGUUGUUGUUGUCGAUAACCUUUGUAACUCACGGGAAGAGUCGAUUCGUCGUGUAAAAAAACUAACUGGAAAGCCGGUUGCAUUCUACAAGGUCGACUUGUUACACCUUGACGAUCUGGACGGUGUGUUCCAAAAGCACAAGAUUAACAGUGUCAUCCACUUUGCCGGAUUAAAAGCAGUCGGGGAAUCUGUCCAGAUUCCUUUGGACUAUUAUCACAACAACAUUACGGGCACUGUUCAUUUACUAAAAUGUAUGAAAAAACACGACGUUCGAAACUUCGUGUUUUCCUCGUCCGCCACGGUUUACGGAGACCCUACACGUCCCGGUGGCACCAUUCCCAUUCCUGAGUCGUGUCCUCGUGAGGCCACCAAUCCUUAUGGCCGUACAAAGCUCUUCAUUGAGCAUAUUAUCGAAGACGAAAGCGUUGCUUGGCCCCGGUUGAACUCUGCUCUUUUACGUUAUUUUAAUCCGGGGGGUGCCCAUCCAUCCGGUGUUAUCGGAGAAGAUCCAUUGGGAAUUCCGAAUAACUUGCUUCCCUACAUUGCUCAAGUUGCGGUGGGUCGUCGUGAGCAUCUGAAUGUGUUCGGUGAUGACUACGAGACGGUGGAUGGAACGCCCAUUCGUGACUACAUCCACGUUUGUGAUUUGGCCGAGGCCCAUGUUGCUGCUUUGGGUUAUUUGCGUGCUCACGAGGUGCACUGUCGUGCUUGGAAUCUUGGUUCAGGCACUGGAACCACCGUUUUUCAAAUGCUCAACGCCUUCUCCAAGGCCGUUGGAAGAAACCUUCCAUACAAAGUUGUCGCUCGUCGUGACGGUGAUGUCGUAAACUUGACUGCUAACCCCGGCCGUGCAAACCAGGAAUUGGGUUGGAAGACACACCGCAGCAUUGACCAACUUUGCCAGGACACAUGGAAAUGGCAGAGUCAAAAUCCUUUUGGAUACGGAAAGGAUGACGAGUAAUGAGUUAUGAAGAAGAGUCAUUUGCAACGACAUGGAUUCAAGUGUUAAGAAUCUCUGAUGACUAGUUCUGUUGCAGCAUCUCCCACUCUCUCUCUUUUAUUGUUGAUUUUGAGUUUGCGCUCUUUGUUUUGGUUUUCAUUCCAUUAUUUUUUUUUCUUCUAUUCUUUUAUUUUUUUAUUCUUCAUGCUUUAGGAGACUAAUCUUUUGCUAAGCAAUAAAACGGGAAUGCACGUAAAUGAUUAUUGUGGCUGCUGGUUAUGCAUAAGAGCUUCAUUAUAAUUUAC